AGACGGUCUUCAGAUGGUGUGUAGACAGCGAAUUGCUACAGAAACAUGGCCUGAUCUCUCCGGAAGAUUACUACACCGAUAGAGUGCCGUUUCACUCUGCACCUACAGGCAUCUCUGUACCAGGAUAUUUAAAAAUGACAUUUAGCUGUGAGCAGCAUUCCAUCCCAAAGAAAGAGCUGAACAAGAAGCUUAAAGACUCAUGCAGAAAAAAGCUUGCUAAGCUUGAAGAUGAGUUAGACCACACUGUGGACAGCGUGACAUGGAACUCAACUCCUAAGGCCAAACAAAGGACCAGAGAACCUCUCAAGAAAACAAGUCCACCAAAGAAUAAAAACUGGAUGAGCCACUUACGUGUGCCGCAGAGAGAACUAGACCGACUUCUGCUUGCAAGAAUGGAAAGUCGGAACCAGUUCCUAAAAAACCCCCGUUUUUUCCCUCCUAACACUCCACAUGGAGGCAAGUCUCUUGUUUUUCCUCCAGAGAAGCCAACACGGAUAGGAGAAUUCCAGAGAACAGAACCAGAACAGAGUUGUGCUGAUACUCCAGUGUUUCUAGCUAAGCCACCAAUUGGCUUUUUCACAGAUUAUGAAAUUGGACCAGUUUAUGAGGUAGUCAUCUUGUUUCUUAAUGUGUUGUCUUUUGUACAUCUGGGUCUGGGACUUCUGUAUGUGGCCAUCAAGUUUCAAGGACAGUUGGAGAAGCUGGCAAACGUGCAGAGGAAGGGGGUUAAAUCAUGUCAGUGA